AUGGCGCAGUCCAAGACAGCUUCUACCGAAGCCGAAGUGCUCGAUGUCCUCAUCGUGGGAGCUGGAAUCUCUGGAAUCAACUGCGCAUAUCGCUUGCAAACCGAAACUCCUCAUGUCAAAUUUACUAUCCUAGAAGGCCGCGACGAGAUUGGCGGCACUUGGGAUCUUUACCGUUACCCAGGCGUUCGCAACGACUCCUACAUCUAUUCCAUAGCUUUCGAAUGGCAUCCCUUGCCCUUCCAUAACCCAAUUGCGACAGGAGAGCAGAUUAUGGACUAUCUCAAGGAUGCCGUAUCUACGCACCAUCUGGACAAGUAUAUCCGGUUCCGCCAUAACGUCUUAUCGGCGCACUGGUCCACGGAGACCAAAGACUGGACUAUCACGGCCGUAAAUCAGGACAAGGAAACUAAGACUUUCCGCGCUCGGUGGCUUAUCCUAGGAACGGGAUACUUCGAUUACGAUGAUGUCUUCCAUGCCGAGAUACCUGGCAUAGAAAACUUCAAGGGAAAGGUUGUCCACCCGCAGUUUUGGCCGCAGGACUUGAAUUAUGAAAAGAAGAAAAUCGCCCUCAUUGGAAGCGGUGCUUCGGCUAUUAGUAUUCUGCCGGCGCUCACAGAGAAAGCCGGCGAAGUUACGAUGAUCCAGCGAAGCCCUACUUAUAUAACCCCCACCCCGAAUGAUUCGGCGUGGCUUCAUAACUAUUUCCCUCGGCCUCUCGUCGACUUGUACCGACGUAUACGUUACCUUAUCUCACCAUACCUAAUCGUCCUUCUGUGCCAAUACUUUCCCGACUUCGUCAGGGAGGUGUUCCGUAAAGACGCGACCAAGCACCUCCCGCAGGGGUUUGACCAUGACAAGCAUUUCAAGCCGCGAUACAAUCCGUGGGUGCAGCGGAUUUGCGUCGACCCCGACGGCGUCUUCUUCAAAUCGUUCGGUCUGCCGCAUGUACACCUCGUCACGGCCGAGAUCGACACGGUGACGGAGAACGAGCUCAAGAUGAAAGAUGGCCAGACCGUGAAGGCCGAUAUCAUCGUCAAGGCGACAGGUCUGAAGAUGAUGCUGGGGGGAAAGAUCGAGAUCCGAGUUGACAACGAGCCUAUAACGUGGGGCAAGCAUUACGUCUGGAACGGGUCUAUGCUGGACUCGGUUCCGAACAUGAUGUUCGUAUUCGGGUAUUCGAACCACGCCUGGACCGUCGGAGCCGAUAACACGGCGAUGGUUCUGACGAGGCUUUUGAAGCACAUGGAGAAGAAAUCGAUAAAGUCCGCGACACCUAAGAUAUCAAAGGAUGCGACAACAGGCACACAGCGUAUAUGGGCUCUGGAUGCCACGUACGUGAAAGCGGUAGAGGAUGAGCUGCCUGUGUACGGCAUGGCUGGUAGUUGGAGACCGAGGAACCGCCCGCCGAUCGACUAUGUGCAUUCGCGAUGGGGAAACUUUACGGACGGUCUGCAGUUUUCGACCUGA